AUGAAGCUCAACAUUGCGUACCCCGCCACGGGGUGCCAGAAGAAGCUCGACAUCGACGACGAUGCUAAGCUGCGCGCCUUCUACGACAAGCGCAUUUCCCAGGAGGUCGAUGGCGAGGCUCUGGGCGAGUUCAAGGGCUACAUCUUCAAGAUUAAGGGUGGCCAGGACAAGCAGGGCUUCCCCAUGAAGCAGGGUGUGCUGACCCCCGGCCGCGUGCGCGUGCUCAUGUCCCCCGGCGACUCCUGCUUCCGCGGGCACGGCCGCCGCGACGGCGAGCGCCGCCGCAAGUCGGUCCGCGGCUGCAUCGUCUCCUCCGACCUCUCCGUCCUGAACCUGGUGAUCGUGAGGAAGGGCGUGGCGGAGCUGCCCGGCCUGACCGACGAGGAGAAGCCGCGCCAGCGUGGGCCCAAGCGCGCCUCCAAGAUCAGGAAGAUGUUCAACCUGACCAAGGACGACGAUGUGCGGCACUACGUCAAGAUCUACGGGCGCAAGAUCGAGAAGAAGAACGGCAAGACCACCAUCAAGGCGCCCAAGAUCCAGCGCCUGGUCACCCCCCGCACCCUGCAGCACAAGCGGCACCGCGCCGCGCUCAAGGCGCGCCGCAUCGAGUCCAAGAAGACGCAGCAGGCGGAGUACCACAAGCUGCUGGUCUCCAGGCUGAAGGAGGAGCGCGAGCGCCGCAGCGAGUCCCUCGCCAAGAAGAGGGCCCUGCGCGUGCAGAGCCAGGCCUCCAAGGAGUAG